AUGAGCGUCUUCGGAUGGUGUUCGCGACGGGUGGGAGGCCUGAGCAUGCUUGCUGUCCUCUUCCUGUCGUACUGGGUGAUCUCGAAAGAAUCGAUCCGCGAGCGUCAUGGUUAUAAGUUUGAGCACCCGGAUACACACUCCACCGCCUACUCGUCAACCUCAACAACCGGUGCUGGUAUCUGGACCUACAUUUUCGCCUACUACACACUGUUUCUCCACGCCGUUGUGCUCUGUUUCCCUGUCCGCGCCUUGUACGCCAUCGUGGACUUGAGCCGGGCCAUUACCCGUCCUUCGCCCAGCCGGUCGCUCAAGGACUACAAGAACCAAGCUUUGCGACGUCGAGGCUCCUACGCCUCCGUGUCGAGCUCCGAGACGCUCAUUUCCGAGCACAAUGGCUCCUCUUCCACAGCUGCUAGCAGUGAGGCUGGUGAUUUCGAUCUGGAGAGGUAUCACGAUGAGGGAGAGCACGCCACCGCCGACCCCGUGAUUCACGCUAUUGUCAUUCCCAACUACAAGGAGGAAAUCGAUUCCCUGAAGGAGACACUCGAAGUUCUUGCUUCGCACCCUCAGGCUCACAACUCUUACGAUGUCUACCUUGGAAUGGAGCAACGUGAACAGGGAGGUGAGGCCAAGGCUCUUGCCCUGAUUGAGGAGUUUGCCAAGAAGUUCCGCUCAAUUGACUACACCGUCCACCCUGGCGACAUUCCUGGUGAGGCCGCUGGAAAGGGAAGCAACAUGGCUUGGGCAGCUCGCAAGCUUAGUGUGAAGUACCCGAUCGAAAGCCGCAAGAACGUCGUUGUCACUGGAAUCGAUGCUGACAGCCAUCUGUCCCGCAAUUACUUUGGCCAAUUGACGGAUAUGCACUUGUCUUAUCCCGAGACCGCUCCCACCACCCUCUACUCUGCUCCCAUCAUCUUCGAUCGUAAUGCUCAUGCUGUUCCUGCUGUUGUCCGUGUCGCUGAUAUCCUGUGGACUGCUGGUGGCAUGUCUGGUCUGUACCGUGGCUCGACUAUCGCCCCCCCCACCUCCGUUUACUCGAUGUCGCUGGAGCUUAUUGACCGUGUCGGUGGCUGGGACUGCGGUUGUGAGGCAAUUGGUGAGGAUCUCCACAUGUUCGUCAAGUCUUUCUUCACGCUCAAUGGCAACCUGACCUGCCGUACUAUCGCGGCCCCCGUUAGCCAGAGCAACGUUGUGGGCAGCGGCAAGGGUGGAAUUCGUGGCAUGUUCAUCGACAUGCAGGCGCGUUACAGCCAAGCCCUCCGUCACAUGUGGGGUUCUCUGGACACUGGAUAUGGUAUGCGACGGUUCGUGGAGAUGUGGCAGAACAGGAAGCAAACCACUCGGGCGUUCCGACCCGUUCACAGGUCCCACGGCGAAAACUCUGAACUGUACUACCCCGACAACCAUCUGUCCGAUGAAGCUAGCGCGCAGGCUCGUGAGAGCGGUGUAUUCUCGGAUGUCACACAGGAAACGAUCAAGGAAGUUGACUGGGAGAGAGUCUUCUACAUGAGCCACCGACUGUUUGAGGCUCACAUCAUCCCCGUCCAUAUGACUAUCCUGAUCAUUGCCUCAACUCUGUACAUGUUUGUCACCGACGGAAAGGAGGAUCCUCACGGCCUCAACUGGACUUUCGCCCUUUCAAACAUGCUCAGGACUCUCGGUGUUAUGCUCUGUGCCUGCUACAUUGCCAUGUAUGAGCGAUUCCACCGUAUUUGCGUCGACGCUCGUGAGAAGGAGAUGAAGGAUGCUGGCCUCGCUGAGGGAAUGCACUUCUCCCGACGAUCCUUCAAGAAGAAUUGUCUCGACUACAUCAUGGUGCCCCUCGUGGCUCCCCUCUAUGGCUCGAUUCCUUGCAUUCAGGCCGAGAUUUGCCACUUCUGGACCCUUGAUUUGACCUACACAGUCAGCAAGAAGGUGACCAGACAACCACAAACACCCCGGACUGACGCCUUUGCGGAUAAUAUGGCUUAA